CUGCCUGCUGCUCGCCGCGCUUCUCCAGACCCCCAGCGCUGCUCCGGCCCUGACCCCAAAGAACUUGGUGGCGUCCCCCGGGCUUUGUUUCCUCGGGGUCACCGCCCUCGGGAGGCCCGGCAGCCUCGCCCGGCCUUCGUGGGUCCCGCAUCCGACGCCCCCUCCGGCCCCCGCCCCCUACCCGCGCGGAGACAGGGGUCAAAGGCAGCCCGCGUCACGUGGUCGCCGAGCAGCACCGAAUCGGCCGAGAGAGCCGAGGGAGAAUCCGGGUGGAAGCCGAGAAAUCCAGCCCCGGUCGCAGCGCCCGGUCCCGCCCCGGCCCCCGCCCCGGGGCGCUCGCCGCACGCCCGCCGGCCGCCCCGGCCUCCGCUGCGCAGCUCCGCGCGCUGCGCGCGCUCUGGGAUCGAACCCACGCCUGCCGCCGAAACCCCGGGCAGCCUGGGCCCUGUGGGCCCCACCAAGUGAGCAGCAUGCGACACCCCCAGGCCUGCCCGCUGUCUUCUGGCCUGCUGCCCAGCCCUCCCAGGAGGCCCUGACGCCCUGGGGCACUUCUGCUCUGCGCAGGACCACGUGGGGGUUUGCCAUGGUGACAUAAAGGGGCGCAGAGGAAGGAAGGAGCAAGACCAGCCUGCAGACUGCGCCCCUGGCUGGGAGGAAGGGCCGGGGGCCCAAAUCCUCCACUCCUGCUGCCCACCAAGGGCCUCGCUUCCCAAGUCUCUGUGAAUUUGUUGGUCAGUGGACAACUCUCGUGCCUCCCCGUGUGUGGGGCCUUGGGGUGGCCAGGGCAGGCCGGGCCUCAGGCGGCCGAGGGCCCUGGGGGCCAGAAUGCCUGCUCUGGCGUGCCUCCGGAGGCUGUGUCGGCACGUGUCCCCGCAGGCUGUCCUCUUCCUGCUGUUCGUCUUCUGCCUGUUCAGCGUCUUCGUCUCUGCCUACUACCUGUACGGCUGGAAGCGGGGCCUGGAGCCCUCAGCCGACGCCCCCGAGCCUGACUGUGGAGACCCGCCACCCGUGGCCCCCAGCCGCCUGCUGCCACUCAAGCCCGUGCAGGCGGCCACGCCUUCCCGCACAGACCCGUUGGUGCUGGUGUUUGUGGAAAGCCUCUACUCGCAGUUGGGGCAGGAGGUGGUGGCCAUCCUGGAGUCCAGCCGCUUCAAGUACCGCACGGAGAUCGCGCCAGGCAAGGGGGAUAUGCCCACGCUCACCGACAAGGGCCGCGGCCGCUUCGCCCUCAUCAUCUACGAGAACAUCCUCAAGUACGUCAACCUGGACGCCUGGAACCGGGAGCUGCUGGACAAGUACUGUGUGGCCUAUGGCGUGGGCAUCAUCGGCUUCUUCAAGGCCAAUGAGAACAGCCUGCUGAGCGCGCAGCUCAAGGGCUUCCCGCUGUUCCUGCACUCGAACCUGGGCCUGAAGGACUGCAGCAUCAACCCCAAGUCCCCGCUGCUGUAUGUGACGCGGCCCAGCGAGGUGGAGAAGGGCGUGCUGCCCGGCGAGGACUGGACCGUGUUCCAGUCCAACCACUCCACCUACGAGCCGGUGUUGCUGGCCAAGACGCGGUCAUCUGAGUCCAUCCCGCACCUGGGCGCCGACGCUGGCCUGCAUGCUGCACUACACGCCACCGUGGUCCAGGACCUGGGCCUGCACGACGGCAUCCAGCGCGUGCUGUUCGGCAACAACCUCAACUUCUGGCUGCACAAGCUGGUGUUCGUGGACGCCGUGGCCUUCCUUACGGGCAAGCGCCUCUCGCUGCCUUUGGACCGCUACAUCCUGGUGGACAUCGACGACAUCUUCGUGGGCAAGGAGGGCACGCGCAUGAAGGUGGAGGACGUGAAGGCCCUGUUUGAUACACAGAAUGAACUGCGCACACACAUCCCAAACUUCACCUUCAACCUGGGCUACUCAGGGAAAUUCUUCCACACAGGUACCGAUGCCGAGGACGCGGGGGACGACCUGCUGUUGUCGUACGUGAAGGAGUUCUGGUGGUUCCCCCACAUGUGGAGCCACAUGCAGCCCCACCUUUUCCACAACCAGUCUGUGCUGGCCGAGCAGAUGGCCCUGAACAAGAAGUUCGCUGUCGAGCACGGCAUUCCCACAGACAUGGGGUAUGCAGUGGCGCCCCACCACUCGGGCGUGUACCCCGUGCACGUGCAGCUCUACGAGGCCUGGAAGCAGGUGUGGAGCAUCCGCGUGACCAGCACGGAGGAGUACCCCCACCUGAAACCGGCCCGCUACCGCCGCGGCUUCAUCCACAACGGCAUCAUGGUCCUCCCGCGGCAGACCUGUGGCCUCUUCACACACACCAUCUUCUACAACGAGUACCCGGGCGGCUCCAGCGAGCUGGACAAGAUCAUCAACGGCGGCGAGCUCUUCCUCACCGUGCUCCUCAAUCCCAUCAGCAUCUUCAUGACGCACCUGUCCAACUAUGGGAAUGACCGCCUGGGCCUGUACACCUUCAAGCACCUGGUGCGCUUCCUGCACUCCUGGACCAACCUCCGGCUGCAGACGCUGCCCCCCGUGCAGCUGGCCCGGAAGUACUUCCAGAUCUUCUCCGAGGAGAAGGACCCGCUCUGGCAGGACCCCUGCGAGGACAAACGCCACAAGGACAUCUGGUCCAAGGAGAAGACAUGUGACCGCUUCCCCAAGCUACUCAUCAUCGGCCCCCAGAAAACAGCUGCCCCGCUGCCCGCAGGCACCACGGCCCUCUACCUGUUCCUGGGCAUGCACCCCGACCUCAGCAGCAACUACCCGAGCUCGGAGACCUUUGAGGAGAUCCAGUUUUUUAACGGCCACAACUAUCAUAAAGGCAUCGACUGGUACAUGGAGUUCUUCCCCAUCCCUUCCAACACCACCUCCGACUUCUACUUUGAGAAGAGCGCCAACUACUUCGAUUCCGAAGUGGCGCCCCGGCGGGCGGCCGCCCUAUUGCCCAAGGCCAAGAUCCUGACCAUCCUCAUCAACCCGGCAGACCGGGCCUAUUCCUGGUACCAGCACCAGCGAGCCCACGACGAUGCCGUGGCCCUGAAGUACACCUUCCACGAGGUGAUCACUGCCGGCCCCGACGCGUCCUCGAAGCUCCGCACCCUACAGAACCGCUGUCUGGUCCCCGGCUGGUACGCCGUACACAUCGAGCGCUGGCUCAGCGCCUUUCAUGCCAACCAGAUCCUAGUCUUGGAUGGCAAACUUCUGCGAACAGAACCUGCCAAGGUGAUGGACACGGUGCAGAAGUUCCUCGGGGUGACCAACACCAUUGACUACCACAAAACCUUGGCGUUUGAUCCAAAGAAAGGAUUUUGGUGCCAGCUGCUUGAAGGAGGAAAAACCAAGUGUCUGGGCAAAAGCAAGGGGCGGAAAUACCCGGAGAUGGACUUGGAUUCCCGAGCCUUCCUGAGGGACUAUUACCGGGACCACAACAUCGAGCUCUCCAAGCUGCUGUACAAGAUGGGCCAGACACUGCCCACCUGGCUGCGGGAGGACCUGCAAAACACCAGGUAGCCGCGGCCGCCACAUUCAGACCACACCUUCGUGCCCACGGCAGGGACGCCCGCCGCAUGCUGAGCCACGUGGACCUGCAGAGUGGGGAGCCGGGCCCGGGCCGGCCAAGCACGCACGAGCAAUACUCCACAAGGCCCACGGAGGGCCAGGAGGAGAGCCCAGGCAGGUGUGCGAGCGCCUCGGGCCACCACUGCUGGGCCCGUGGCCCAUCGGACCUCCCUGGCCACCAGAGGUCCAUUCCGUUCACGGCCUCUCUAGGGAGGCCACUUCCUGGUAGGAGGGAGUCAGCGAGACCCUCCCUCCUGUCCCUCACUGUGUUCUGCCGACCGCCCCCUCUCCCCAGCAGGCCGGCCCUCAGUAUAGCUGCCAUGUCUUCUCUGUCGUGCAGACGGCACGGGAGACGAGCCCCGCUGGGGCGUUUGCCAAGCCAGGGAGCGAGACUGGACGUUCCCCUGAGUGUGUCGAGCCGGGCCCUCCAGGGAGCUCAGCUGGCUGCCCAGCGGCAGCACGAGGCCUGCUGCCGAGGACUCAGCCCCGUGUCCGGGUCAACACUUUCAGAUCUCACCUUCCCUCUCCGGUUCCUGCGGUGGCCCCCGGGGGCCCUAGGGCACUGCCGGGCCACUGGGGGGGCCCAGAGCCCCAGGCCUCAAACCUCCCUCUCCCCUUACCCUGGGAUCUGACAUGCGUGGUGUUUCCUGUGGUAAAAGACUGGGGCAGUCCCAGUGUCCAUGCGUUGUCCCCACACCCGCCCGGUCUCGGCCAAGGGCCCCCGGAGACCCUCCCCCUUAACUUCCUCAAUACUAAGAAGCUAAAGUAUUUUAAUAUUUUGUUUUUUUUUUUUUUUUUCUUGGUGCCAGAGUUUAUACCCUGGGUGCUGGGGUCGCACUGUGUUUUAUAUAUAUACAUAUAUAUAUAUAUAAUGUGUAUAUAUAUAUAUAUUAUAUUUUUUUGGUUGGGUUUGUUUUUAAUUCAGUCAUACAAGGUGGCCGUAAGCCCCGGUCUCACAGGCCUCUCCUGCGGUGCUGGAGGCUGAGGCGGAACGGAGUGUGUGUCUUUCUGUGUCUGAGGUCUCAAGGAGACAGUGUGCAGGUGGCCCCGGGGAAGCCUCUGUUCCUUAUCCCAGGUGCCGCGGCCGUCCUGGGGCUGCCCCCGCACUGUGCCAAGGGGAGCAGCUGUCUCCAGGAAACCUGGGGGAAUUGUGGCCAAAGGAAGCAGCCUGGGGCUGGGGUGGGAGAGCCGGGGCUGGGGUGGGACUGCCUGGCCCAGGGCUGGCCGGUGCCCCACCCCCUCACAUGGUGCUAGGUCGGGAGCUGCCCUGGGAGCCGGGGUGCUCAUUGGCACCCAUAACAGGCCUCCAGGUCCCCCACGGACUGCGGGAUCUCUGGGCUGCUUCCUGCCCCCCUUCUAACAAUGUGAAGUGACUGAGGCUGGGAGCCCUCUCCCCAGCCCCUCCAACUGCCAAUUCAACUUUGAACGGAUUCCCCCACCCAUGCCUUCCCCGAGAGCCCUGUCUCGUUCAGAUCCAGCAUCUUGGGCCCCAAGGGCUCCGUGGACAAGUGUGAGGCGGUUCGGAGAAGGGGAGCAGCCUGCUGUCUUGGGCCACGGAGCUGGUCGGCAGCACGGCCUAGCACUGAACUCGGGACUCCCAGGUCUCAGUGCAGUGCUCCUGCCGUGCCACGCCGCCCCUGGCCCAGCCGUGGGGUCCUGCUGUGUGUCAGGUUCCUGCCCCUCCCUCAGUCACUGCCGUGGUCGUUCUAGGAUAUGGGGACAAACCACUCCUUCCCAGCCAGGGUGCCUUUGAACCUUCCUGUUCCCAGGCCUGCUUUUGCACCCCGCCUCGGGAAGCCCUUCCCUGGCCUGCAGGGCCUGGCUCUGUCUUCCUUCUGAACCCAUUCCCUCCUGUCAAGCUCUCCCCCGCGGCAUGGAGGAGGUGGUGGGAUGUGGCGUGUGGUUUCCUGCUGCACAGAGCACGGUUGCCAUCAUGCUGCUCACCCGAAGCCGUGGGCCCAGCAGGGCCGAGGCGCGCGCUGUUGGAGGCCGGCCGGGGUGCUGUGUCUGCUCAGAGGCUGCGAGGUCCUGCCCCGCCUUGCACGGUGCCAACCCAGGGCCUCUGCCCAGUGGCAGGGGCUGGAGGAUCUCACUGCUCUCUCGUUGUGGGCCCAGGGCCUCCUGGUAGGGCAGACAGCUCCGCUCCUCUCUGCCUCUGGUCUCAGGCAGGAGCAGGUGGUGUGAGACCACGGGAGAGCGCCAAGCAGGCUGUCUGGGCUCUGGUCUUUGUGAGUGUGGCUGCUGGUGCGACCCUUCCUUCCACACAUCUUUCCUGCAGGCCUGCCGGGCCCAGACACGGUGGGUGUGGGAGGAGAGGAGGGGCUCUCAGCUGGCAGGAGCCCACACUGCCCUCCCUACGAGAGGAGAAACCUGGAGAGGUGUGGGGGCAGUGGGGCCCGUGUCCAGCGUCCACUUACUCACUGUUAAGCGUUCGGCCAAAUAAUAAAAGAGAAAAAGAGAAAGUGUGCAGCCGACUCCACCAUCCGUUCUGCGCUCCCCUCCCUGAGCCUCAGGUGUGUGCAGGUGGGAGGUGCCACCUGCAGCUGCCCGUCAUUCCAGAUUCUAGAACCUUCCGGGCUGUGAGCCUCUUGUUGCAUGGAGAAUGAGUCUGAAGGUUCAAACGCGCCUCAUGGAGUGUGCGCGUGAGCAGCCAGUACUGCUGGGGCGAGGCGCAGAGCACAGUGGCCAGGCCGACCCUCCGCUGGGCAGCGCCGAGGCGGGCAUUGUCAGAGGCACUGCUGGGGGCUGGGAUGUCUUCGCAGAUGUCUGCCUCCAGCACCCUGCACCCAGCUCCGAGUUGAAGUCAGCAGCGCUGGCCGCACUGGGCUCUUGCUCGCUGACCCAGGUCACUGGAGGUCGCACACUGUGAUCCUUCACCCCUAAAUGCUCAGACUGCAGCCCCAAGUCAGGGCUGCUGGCACGGCCGAGACCGCGGUGACUUUCCCCCGGCCAUGGCUCUGUUGCCCGGACUCCCUGCUGUAACCUAGACCUAGUCUUGGAGUCGGGACCCCACCAAGGCGCACGCGUUACGUUCAGAGGCCGUGCUUCUGAACUCCAGCUAAAUGCCAGAAAGUCUUGCCUCUGCCCGUUUGAUUUGGGAACGACCCUGCUGUUGAGGCCACCAGGCCUGCUGUCAUUAGAAGUGCUGUGUUCUGUAUCCGAGGGUUUCCUCUUGGGGUCCUGGAGCCGCCGCCUCUGUUCCCUUUAUUUUUAGUGUUCCACACGAGUCUUUGCCGUUUGCAUCUCCGCCAUCACCUGUACCACGUGCCAAAGCAGCAGAGGGGCCGGAUGGAGCUCGGGAGGUGGAGGGGGCUCCCCGGAGGAGGCAGCAGGGCACUGGCCUGGGCGGAAGAGGCUGAGGGCACGGGCCGCAGGCACCACGCACAGCAUCUCUGUAUGGUCCUGGGGUUUUCACUUGUUGGGGGCGCCUGGUCUGUGAGCCUGAGGCAGAGCCGGGUGCCUGGCAGGCAGGGAAGGGCCUCACCAGGGUACCGCCUGCCCCGAGCCCAACGUGAGGGCCAACACACCGGGCUGCAGGCAGCAGCGGGGAGAUGCCUUCCUCCUAGCACCUCGGUUUCCUCCUCCAUGGAACGAGUAGGCGGGGGCUGCAGCAGGAGCUUUGACACGUCAGAGCGGAGAGCAGUCGUGUGCUCACUGAAGUCCAGAUCGGGCUUCCAGACCCCACCGGCACUCACCGCCCCCAGUUCCCAGGGCAGUGCUGGGCUCCGGCUUUGCCGCUUCUGCACGGGGUGCCCCUGGGACGGUGUCUGCUCCCCUGAGGGAUCACAGGAGCUUCGUGUGGGGAGAUGCCAAGGCCCUGGGAAGACCCGGGCCGUGGUUUACCCUAGGACACUCACCUCCUGCCCCUUCUUCUCUCCGGCCCUGGGGAGCACGGGGAGCAGAGGGCUUUUUACGACUGUGCUAGUUUUGUUAUCAGCAAGAGGGCUCCUUUUGUACUUCAUGCAUGAAAUUCAUGUCGUUUCCUGGCAAGGGUGGGGGGCACCUUAGGGGUCCGAGCAGAGGUUUCCUUCCCUUGUGGGGGUGGGGUGGGGGCAGAGAUGGGCACUACCCAGCUCGCCCGAUGAAGGCUCUUGAAGCAGCCGUUUUGGGUUGUGUUAAAAGUGGGAACCUUCCCCCAUUAAUGUACAAUCGCGAACUAACUGCUAAUAAAGUGGGGUUCUGUUUGUA